AUGUCCAGGAUUGCAGACUCUAUUGCGAGGAUUGCGCUUCCCAUUGGUGUGGCGUUUUCUGCGUUGCAGUAUUCCAUGUACGACGUGAAGGGAGGAAGCCGCGCGGUGAUCUUUGACCGUUUGAGCGGUGUGCAACAGCAAGUGGUGGGCGAAGGUACGCAUUUCUUAGUACCUUGGUUGCAGAAGGCUGUGGUGUACGAUGUGCGGACCAAGCCUAAGAACAUUGCUACCAACACGGGGACAAAGGACCUCCAAAUGGUGUCGCUAACGCUGCGUGUGUUACAUCGGCCGGAUGUGCUUCGGCUGCCUCACAUUUACCAGAAUCUGGGGUUGGACUACGACGAAAGAGUGCUGCCCUCGAUUGGUAACGAGGUGCUGAAAGCGAUCGUGGCGCAAUUCGACGCGGCCGAGCUGAUCACGCAGCGUGAGACGGUGUCGCAGCGGAUCCGGCAGGAAUUGUCGCGUCGUGCGGCCGAGUUCGACAUCCGUCUAGAAGACGUGUCGAUCACGCACAUGACGUUUGGGCGCGAGUUCACCAAGGCUGUGGAGCAGAAGCAGAUUGCGCAGCAGGACGCGGAGCGUGCGCGUUUCUUGGUCGAGAAGGCCGAGCAGGAGCGUCAAGCUGCUGUGAUUCGCGCAGAAGGUGAGGCCGAAGCUGCAGACUACAUUUCCAAGGCGCUGGCCAAGGCGGGUGACGGGUUGUUGCUCAUUCGUCGGAUCGAGGCGUCCAAAGACAUUGCGCGCACGCUGGCCAACUCUGCGAACGUAACGUACCUACCGGGCCACGGCGCGGGCGGCGCGGGUGCGGAGUCGCAGGGGUCUCCAAACUCGUUGUUGCUGAACUUGGGCCGUUAA